CGUGGGACCACUCUGCUCUUCUUGUGAAGGUUUCCUCAUUACUAAGUAGUAGGGGUAGGAAAUGAGAGUAUGGAAAGGCCCUUGGAGUGGUGCAAUGUCAACCGGACACGAACCAUGCAGUCAGGGCAUGGCCCAACACAUGAGUAGCUGAACAGGGUCUCAAGAAGGAAGAUCAACCCUUCUCUUCAAACAAGGGCGAGGGCUGAUAUUGAGGUUGAACCUGUCAUCCCCGGAUCGUGUGUGUUAUGUGAGCCCAUGUCAAGUUGUGCUUAUAUCUGUGUUAGUGUCUGUUGGCCCGAGGACCGAUGUAUGACAGACAGACACUCUUGGCCGUCACGUCUCAACUUCACAACUCACACACUGUCCACUUUAAGCCGAUUUCGCUACCCUUUGUUCUUUUCUGCCAUGCUAUUUGCCCUACGCUGGGACCUCGAUCUUUCGUAGUGUCUGACCAAAAACGACUCAAAGGCAUCAUCGUUCUCAGAACUAUCUCGAAACCGCCGGGCAACCAGCGAAGAGCUCGGCGCCGCUGACACAAAGGACGAGACCUAGCCCAGCAAUGAUCUUCAUUGCCCAGAGAUCGGUAUUCCCGACGACGGAGUAGUAUCGACGCUAUAAUAUUUGAUUUGUGCUUGUCACCUGGACAACUUUGGCACUGGCUAGAUGGUUCAUCGAUGUGGCGUUUAUAUGCUCAACACCAACCGCUUUCGGAUAUCUUGAAUUCCAGUCCAUCUCUUAACUACCUGCAACCACCAUCAUCGCACGAUUUUCAAUAUUUUCGACUUGUUUUUGUCUUUUCAACGUGAAGGAACUCAUCAAUCUGCUUCAGAGGCUUUGAUAUUUGUCUUUACUAUCUCGACGAGUUGUCAAGAAUUCGCUUUACAGCUCUUACAACCUUGGGCUCUUACAACCUUGGGCUCUCACUUACACUUCGUUUCACGGAACUAUUUUUUUCUUCUUUUUCGAUACCUUCGUUGUCUUACCAAUCAAUUUAUGGGACGACUCAGAAUUGUCUCUCUUUGCCCCUACCUGCCAGGGGAGACCAUCAAAGACACUUUCACGUCAUAAAACCUUUAGUGUUCUGUCAUACUUGGUCCCCAGUUCGCACACACUCAUGAGACUGACCACGAGGAGCUGAGCUGAUAAGGCACCAUCUUGGUAACAAAAUAUUGGCAUAUUGGCCACACAAACCUUGGCCACGCCACGCGCGCCGCCGCUCUCAGUCCGGGCUCUUAUAUUGUAACGCCCCCAGAACAGCCCUCCAUCCACUCUGCCUCUAGACCACGACCAUAACCCCAGACACGAGCCUUCGGGCUACCUACACUGAAGAUUGUCACUUGUCACCAUGGCUGCUUUGCUGCCUCAACCAAUUCAUACAGCCACUUCGUCGCCUUGGCCUUCACGAACAUCAUCACUGUCCAUGUCGCCACGGAUGGAGACAUGUCGUGCUUCAGUCACAGAGACUAACUCGCCAGAAUGGCUUCCCCAGGCUCUGUCAGAGACUCUACAUGUCCUGCCUUACACUUCCACCGAGUGGGCAAAGGUGAUUUCGGAUGUCAAGAGAGAAUAUCUCAACCGCCGUUAUCGUCCUUGUGCAACCCGCUGCAGUGAAAUCCUGGACAAUCUCAAAGAUUUCAGCAUCGUUGAGCCAGCAUAUCUCAUAUAUCUUCACUUUUACGCAGCCAACUCACAAGAGAUGCUUGCUCGUGCACUUCAUCAGGCCGCCCCAGCACGAACCACACUCCUCAACCAGGCUCGUGACCAUUAUCAACGUGCCUCAACACUCAUCAAUGCUGCAGACUCAACAGUUGGUCCAGCAUUACUGAGAAGACCGUCUGGCACUACUACAACACUGCCAAGCCUCCACUCUGCCGAUAGCUCUGUGAGCUCCCACGUAUCGUCAACAUGGACUUCGUCUCACGGUAUAUCUCCGGCAUCAUCUAUCUCAUCGAUUCAAAGCGUGCCCACUUCCAAGCGUAAGAAGAAGCGAGUGACUUUCAGCGAUGUGCCCGUGGAGCUUCUCGAACGUCCGGACUCACCAACGCUUGGCCUAGGCAGCUUUUUAGGACCUGCUCGUUCAAUAUCCCCAGAGCUUUCUGCGGGAGAUUCUUCUGCUGUGCUAGUACCUCUGCGGUCAUUGACUCAGGCGCCUCGGUCAAUCCUCACUCCGCGCUCAGCACAAAACGAGGUCUCCCCUUCUACAGACGCAGAGCUUGAUCCCUUCCGCCAUGCUCGCUCUGUUCACCGCUACAGUGCCCUCCUCACGAGCCUGCAGCGCCAAGUCUUUCGACACCUCAACUUCAUCGAGACAGAGCUCGGCCAACAGCACACUACCCCCCCGUAUGAAGACACACCCCCGUCGCCUACCACUGUGAACAUGGUCACUUCUGUGUCCGCUACGCCGAACGCUGACAAGACGCGUUCACCGGAGCUACAGGCACGGAUAGAGCGACUCCGUGCAAAAGGCUGGGAACGCAAGCGAUUCGACGCGCGUCGGUAUGCCGAACUUCGCGAGAGUGCUUCGGCAGACAUGAACGACUAAACUAUACUCAUUGCAGUCGCCAAUCGGUUAUACUUUGUCGACCCAAUGUUUAUGAGAAUGAAAGUGGACGGAUGCUCCUUUCAUCAUGUAUGUAUGCUUAUGAGAUGUAAAUGAUAUCACGAGGAGAGAUCAUGCAACAGGUUCCAAGGAUACGCUUGGCGCGUGGUUCGGGAUAGAAUAAUGAUGGUCACUUGUAUUAGCACACCAAAGACUGGAUCUUUAGCUUGUUAGGACAGAGAAGUCAGGGGAAGACCACACAAGAUUGUUGGUCAACUGGGAGGCUACCGAAUAUAGAGCAUUUAUCUACUCUGCACUAUGAUCUGAGUGAAAAACAUGGAAUUCGCUUGGGUUAACGGAGGCAUUCAAUUCCCAUUUUUUUAGACCCAAAGAAUAUUUCCGAAACCAAAAAACAACGCUUUCAACCCAAGGAGUCGCAUCACCCUUUGCGACCAAUUCUGACUCGUCUUUCCCAUCCGUGCUAUUGCCCUUCUUUCGUGCAUCUUGCGAGGACUCAGGUUGCCAUUCAUCUCGGCAUUAUACUAAGGUCGCCCACCGUGGUGCUGUCCAAUAUAUGUGAACAUGUCUGCAAUUGAUUGGAAUCCUCGAUAUAUUUAUUAAGCCUGGAAACUUCGACGCUUGGCAUCCUUUUCGACCUCUUGAGUGACACGGAGAACUUCUUUCUCCUCCUUGUCGUCGGCGAGCUUUGCUCUGGCGACCUCGGAGAAGAUAGCUGAAAGAUCCGAGUUCUCCGGGUCCUCCUCCAUAGCCUUGAGCUUCUCGAUACGUGCUUGGAGCUUGAUCUUCUCGAUGAUGCGCCUGAAUCGGCUUCUGGCGCGGAAAGACUUGAUCUCGGGCAACAAGUUGUAGUCGGUAGCGUUCUUUCCGGUGAGCCAGAUAUGACCCAAAGCUUCCUGUAUCGCGAAGUUAGCUCAAGCAUUUCCGCUCGUGACGACAGUGAUGUUCUA